AUGGAUAGUACAGUGAAAUUAUGUGCUGAUAAGGGAAAAGAACUAGCUGACUCGACUAUGUACCGAAAAAUAGUUGGUAGUUUGAUAUACCUAACAUUAACGAGACCUGAUUUAGCAUUCGAAGUCGGAGUUUUGAGUCGUUAUAUGCAAACUCCAAGAAAGCGACACCUAGAUGUAAUAAGACAUGUUCUACGAUACGUAAAGCAUACAUUUAACAUGGGAGUAAGAUUUAAUCAAAGUGAGAAACUUGAGUUAAGUGGUUUCUGUGAAGCCGACUACGCAGGAGACUUGGACACAAGAAGGUCGACAACGGGGUUCGUGUUCAAGCUGGGUCGAGGAGCUGUAACUUGGUGUAGCAAACGUCAACCCACUGUGUCGUUAUCGACAACCGAGGCAGAAUAUCGAGCCGCCACUAUGGCAGCUCAAGAAGUUACUUGGCUAUGGUUAGUACUUGAAGAGUUAAAGCAUGACGUCAAAGGAAGUGUGGUAAUACACUGUGAUAAUAUGUCUUCAAUCCAGUUGGCUGAAAAUCUGAUAUUCCAUACUAGGUCAAAGCACGUCGAGGUUCAUUACCACUUCAUUCGGGAGAAAGUAUUAGAAGUGGAAAUCAACUUGAAGUAUGUAAGCACUCUUCGUCAAGAAGCCGACAUGUUUACUAAGAGUUUACUGAAGGAAAAGUUGAAAAUGUUUCAGACUCAAAUCAGCAUGGAAGAAGUCAACAUUGAGAGGGAAUAUUGA